GGUCUCCGGCUCUGGUAAAGAAAAGCUAGCCACUAGCCUCCCUGUGCAGCGGGCUCUGGUUCUGUCUUCUAGCCGAAUAACAUGGCUCAGCUUGUGGGUUCCCUCCGAAAAGAGCUGGCCGAUUCUCUUUCCACCAGCAAGGUGCUGGUGGUGGGGGCGGGAGGGAUUGGCUGCGAGCUUUUGAAGAACCUCGUCCUCACCGGCUUCAAAAACAUCGAAGUGAUUGACCUGGACACUAUUGAUGUCAGCAACCUCAAUCGACAGUUCCUUUUUCAGAAGAAGCAUGUUGGCAAGUCUAAAGCACAGGUGGCCAAAGAGAGUGCCUUGCAAUUCUGUCCCAGUGCAAAUAUCAUUGCCUAUCAUGACAGCAUCAUGAACCCUGACUAUAAUGUGGAGUUCUUCAGGAAGUUUGUGCUGGUGAUGAAUGCUCUGGAUAAUCGAGCGGCCCGCAAUCAUGUGAACAGAAUGUGUUUGGCAGCUGAUAUCCCUCUGAUAGAAAGUGGCACAGCAGGAUACCUGGGACAAGUCACAGUCAUUAAGAAGGGACUGACAGAGUGCUAUGAGUGCCAACCUAAACCCACCCAGAAAACAUUCCCAGGAUGUACCAUAAGAAACACACCCUCUGAGCCCAUACAUUGCAUUGUGUGGGCGAAAUAUCUCUUUAAUCAGCUAUUUGGAGAAGAGGAUGCAGAUCAAGAGGUGUCACCUGACACAGCUGACCCAGAAGCUGCAUGGAACCCUGAGGAAACAGCAGCUCGUGCCACAGCCUCAGAAAAAGAUGGUGACAUCAAGCGGAUCUCUACCAAGGAAUGGGCCCGCUCCACUGGCUAUGAUCCCAUCAAACUUUUCAACAAGCUUUUCAAAGAUGACAUCAUGUAUCUGCUGACAAUGGAUAAGCUCUGGAAGAAGAGGAAAGCUCCCACGCCUUUGGACUGGCAGGAGCUUGAGAAAAGUGAAUGUCCUCAGGAGGACACUCCUGGUACAGGCCUGAAGGACCAGCAGGUUCUGGGUGUUUGGGGUUGCUGCAAAUUAUUCCAGCACAGCGUGGAGACACUUCGCCUACAACUUAAGGAGAAGGGAGAUGCUGCUGAGCUGGUCUGGGACAAGGAUGACCCUCCAGCCAUGGACUUCGUUACUGCAGCAGCAAACCUACGUAUGCACAUCUUUAGCAUGAACAUGAAGAGUCGCUUUGAUGUCAAGUCCAUGGCAGGAAACAUCAUCCCAGCUAUUGCCACAACCAACGCUGUCAUUGCUGGACUCAUUGUGUUGGAGGGGCUCAAGAUCCUUUCAGGGGAGCUGGAGUCCUGUCGCACGAUUUUCUUGAACAAGUGUCCGAACCUCAGGAAGAAGCUGCUUGUCCCGUGUGUUCUGGACCCACCUAGUGCCAAUUGCUACGUCUGCACCAGCAAACCGGAAGUCACAGUCAAACUCAAUGUCCAUAAAACUAUGGUCCUUACUCUACAGGACAGGAUCCUCAAGGAAAGGUUUGGUAUGGUGGCUCCAGAUGUUCAGAUAGAAGAUGGAAAAGGGACCAUUCUCAUCUCCUCAGAGGAAGGAGAGACGGAAGCCAACAACAGCAAAUUUCUUGCUGACUUUGGGAUCCGUAAUGGCAGCCGUCUGCAAUCCGAUGACUUCCUUCAAGAUUAUACGCUGCUCAUUAACGUCCUACAUACUGAAGAACUUGAACGUGAUGUGGAGUUUGAGGUGGUAGGUGAGGCCCCAGACAAAGCCCCAACCCCUCAGCAUAACAAGGAAGAGACUAACAGCAUCUCCAAUGGCAACAAGGACUCUGCCCAGCCUUCCACCUCCUCUAAAGCUCCAUCAGAGGACGGCGAAGACGUCAUGAUUGUUGACUCCGACGAGGAGGAAGGUGGGACGUCUAGCUCUGCUGCAGCAGGCCCUGUUGCUACAAAGAGGAAGCGCUCUGACCCAGGAACAGGCGAGACCUCUAUCAAACGUCCAAGGCCAGACCAGUCGAGUGCAGCAGCUGCCCCCAAUGAAGAUGAUGACAUCAUCGCUCUGGACUAACCUUUCUUGAAGGACUGAGAACUUUUUGAAUGCUUGUUAUUUUGACUCAGACAGACAGUAAGCUUCUAUAAAACACCUCUUUUAUGAAGAACAGUUUACUGACCUGGUAAUUGUUGAUCACUUGCUCCUCCCCAACUCUGUGCUGUGCUUUCAUAGUCCCUCCACUCCCUGACAUGCUGUAAAUAGGUUCUACACUUCAAAACAGUUUUGAAAAUUACAUUAAACUUUGUUAUUUUUAUUUCUGUUCCCUAUAAAAUUCCUCUCUUAAUGGUUAAAGUGUUUUUUGUAUUUUUUAUAGAUGUACUGUAUUUCUCAUGCUACACAGGUCAGGGUGUUUUUGUGCUUUGUGGUCAGGUUACAAAAUAUAUCAAAACCAAAACAUUUCUUAGAUCGUAAUAUUGAUGUCAGUUAUUGUGAAGGGACGCUGAUGGACAUUUAAAUCUAGGAGGCUGCAGCUUCUGGUGCUCCAGUCUGGGUGUGUGUCUUUAGGUGCUGUUGCUGUCUGUGACUGGGUCCGUGGUGGAGAAGUUUGCUACCUCUUUUUUAGAACUAACUCAUUUUGGCUGCAAAUGCGUAACCAUGCACUCUAUAACACCACCACUGUAAAGUGUCCAGCCCAUCAAUCAAUUAGGUACUUGGUCGUGGAGUAGCAUGGUCAUGCUAGCUCCUGGUUAAAUUGCAGAGACUGCACUGAAACAUGUUAUGAUCAGUUCUUAAUUAAUUCAUCCUGUUGGAGCGCAGGAAGCUCAGUUCAUUUGAAGAUGUUAAAACAGAGAUGGAAGAGAACCAGGCAUUGUUUUUGAUCCAGCAGCAGUUAGAGUGGUUUGUUAGGAACAUUUCAGCACCUGCCGAGUUCUCCAGUGUGUCCCAUUUUUGCAUUGUCUAUAAUUUAAUAUUCCAUUGUUAUCUGACUUGUGGAAUGACCACGGGAGGCUGUUGGACCAAUUUGGUGAAGACAAUAAACUUAACAAAAUUA